AUGGAGCUUCUAGAGAGGGGGCAGUGUGGAGCGGCAAAGAUGGGAGUGGAGCAUUUGGCGUAUGAAGAAAGACUAAGCGAGCUGGGCCUGUUUAGCCUGGAGAAGAUCGAGAGGAGAAAUAUCUGCGGGGAGAAUGUAAACACUCUUUGCCAUGUUCAGGAGCAAUCCAGUCGUCAGCUCACUGAUUCUGCCCAAGCCAAGUACCUCCGUAAGGAACCUGCUUUCUCUCUUCUGCUCAAACAGACACAAGGAAUUGCAUUAGGUCCGAGAGGAAGACUGGACAUCCCAGUGUUAUUCAUACCGAAUACAAUGAAAUUGUAUGAAGCUCAGGUGGUAAUUCAUGUAAUGAGGGAGAAUGGUGAAAACUGGCCCUAUGAGCAUUCUGCUAAAUUACAUAAAGACUUAAAGAGUAUUACUGUGGCAGAAAAUGGGGGAAUUCGGGGAAUACGUUGGAUCUACCCAAUUCAUGGAAUACCCGAAGCACCUCAACAGAAAUUGGUUUCAGCUGUGGUACGCUGUCGAGCCAGGCAUAGAGUAGAGCAAAGAGUGGAAGUGCUGCUGCCAGGCGUAGUUCCUGGAGCAACUGCUAUGCCCGCUGGAAGAAAUGCUGCAGUGUUUGACAGAAAUAAGCCAGUCAACAUUCAAGAUGAAGUUCAUGUCACUUCUGGUAAGAGCAAAUAG